UCUUUUCUUCUUUAAAUUCCAUUCUUCUCCCAACUUUUCUCUCUCUCCUCCUAUACUGUACCUCUUUUUGCUUUAAAUCUUGACUAAAAUCUUUGGUUUUGGGCCUCUAUCAACACAAAAAAUGCUACAAACAGAGGGUGGCCACAGAUACUUGAAGUUCAAUCAUGACAACUCCCUCUUCAGUAUUUAGAUUCCGAAACUAUCCAACUUUUUCUUUCCCUCUUAACUUAAAUACACCUUACUCAUUACCUUGUCAAAAAUGUUAGUAACAAACAAUAAGCACCAAUUAUUCACAAGCCAGCAUCUGGAGAAGGCAUGGAUCAUUCUACGGAUUUACUACUCUAGUCAUUUCUGGCUCCUCUUUCGUGUCUUCUCUUAUGAAAAUCAAUAGGGAAAGCCUCGGAUUUAAAUUAUUAUUAUUUUAAUUUCUCUCUUCCUUAUUCAUAAGCCUCCCUUCAUUUAGGUACUUGUAAAAACAUUUUAUAUAUAUAACUUAAGUAGGAAUUUUUACGUACGUUUCUUUUCCGAGUUCUCCAAUUUUUCUGGGGAAGGAAAAAGGUUUUCAAGAGAAAAGAUGUACAGAAAGCAAGGUGAUGAAGACAAGGCAGAGUUUGGAUAUGUUGAAACCGAUCCUACUGGUCGGUACGGUCGAUUUGAUGAAGUUCUUGGCAAAGGAGCUAUGAAAACAGUGUACAAGGCAAUUGAUGAAGUUUUAGGAGUGGAGGUGGCAUGGAACCAAGUAAAGCUCAAUGAGGUGAUGCGUUCACCGGAUGAUUUGCAGCGUCUGUACUCUGAAGUUCACCUCCUCAGUACCCUUAAACAUGACUCCAUCAUUCGAUUCUACACCUCUUGGAUCGAUAUACAACAUAAGACAUUUAACUUCAUCACUGAAAUGUUUACUUCCGGAACUCUGAGAGAAUAUAGGAAAAAAUAUAACAGAAUAGACAUUCGAGCAAUUAAGAGUUGGGCACGCCAAGUGUUGCAAGGCCUUGUAUAUCUGCAUGGCCAUGACCCUCCAGUAAUUCAUAGAGACCUAAAAUGUGACAAUAUUUUUGUGAACGGUCAUCUUGGACAAGUGAAGAUUGGUGAUUUAGGACUUGCAGCGAUUCUUAGCGGAUCAAAAUCAGCUCACAGUGUCAUAGGCACCCCAGAGUUCAUGGCACCAGAAUUAUAUGAAGAGGAUUACAAUGAACUUGUUGAUGUCUACUCAUUUGGUAUGUGUGUUUUAGAGAUGCUUACAUGCGAAUAUCCUUAUACUGAAUGCACCAAUCCAGCACAGAUUUACAAGAAAGUUACCUCGGGAAAACUACCUGAAGCAUUUUACAGAAUUGAAGACUUGGAAGCACAGAGAUUUAUGGGGAAAUGCUUGGUUACCGUCUCAAAGAGAUUGUCUGCAAAAGAACUAUUGCUUGACCCCUUUUUGGUUUCUGAUGAGACUAAAUUGCUGUCAAAAACAAGGCAAAUUCCAAAGCCAUUUUUGAAUGAAAAGGAAAUGGAGAAAUUGCAGUUGAGUGUUGAUCCUCCAAGGACUGAUAUGACAAUCACAGGCAAACUUAAUCCUGAAGAUGAUACCCUUAUUCUUAAAGUGCAAAUUACUGAUAAAGAUGGUACAGGAAGGAAUAUAUAUUUUCCCUUUGACAUUGUAGAUGAUACACCAUUGGGAGUGGCAAUGGAGAUGGUGAAGGAGCUGGAGAUAAAUGAUUGGGAGCCAACUGAAAUAGCAGAAAUGAUUCAUGGAGAGAUUUCUGCUCUAAUACCACAUUGGAAGAAAUGGGAUUUGCCUCAUUUAGAAGCUUACCAUACAUUUAAUUACAAAGAACAUGAAGAUGAUGAGCCUAUGCAUCUUUUAUACUCUUGCUCAUCUUGUUCAUCAUCUCAGGUUUCAUUUCCAGGCUUGAUGGCACAUAGCUACAAUUGGCUCCAAGAUGAUUUAUUUGAUGAUACUAGCUCUCUAAGUUCUUCACAGUCAGGAACACAUUCCAACUUGAAUUAUUAUUCUGGAGAUGAACAUCAUCAUCAUUUGAGCCCCAUUAGAUCAGACCAUAAACAGGUCACAUUCUCAAGACCUCAUCAAAAUAUUAAUGUUCCCUACAGACAAUGUAAAGUUGAUAUUGAUUCACUUUCUCAUGGAGCUUCUUCUUCUAAAACCAAAAGGGUACCCAUCGACAAUCGAAGAUUAACAAGGAAUAGUUCUCUGGUAGACAUUCGUAGCCAGUUGCUUCAUCGCUCUUUAGUCGAAGAAGUGAACAAGAGAAGGUUAUUUAAAACUGUUGGAGCUGUGGAAAAUAUUGGGUUCCAAGCACCUUGUGAGGUGUCCAAUAAAAAGGUGUCAAAAAGGAUUUCAAAGCAGAAGGAGAAGAAUUCAGGAUCUUACUUCUAAUGCAAUGUUUGAAGACCACAAGUCAUGUAAAGAGGUUUCAGCCUGUGUAAGUUAAUCUUGGGUUUAUAGGGGUAGUUUUAGGUACAACUAGGAGUGAAUUGAUGUCUGUGUGGUGUGUUGUUUGAAUAUAACUUCCUAAUGAAACAAGAUUAUAUACAAAGACUAUGAUGCAUUAA